GCCGACGCCAGCGGCAGUCAUGUCAACCACAAUGCAUACUGCUUGGGGUGGAAGCAUGGUCGUGAAAUCGUCCAUGAGUCGGGGGGCCUCUGGCAAUUGCGAAGCUUCCUGGGUGCUGCAUCGCUGCCACCCCCGCCCAUCGCCUCAGUCUUUGGCGAUACCUGUGGGGACGGCUUGCAAGCUUCUUGCAACCGCGCCCCCCUCUCCUCUGCAGGCGCGGUACACACAUUUGCGUAAUGGUAGAAUGCCCGUCUUUCCGGGAUUGACGCGAUCUCCACUGGUGAGGAAAUCCUUGUGUGUACGAUGUGCGGCAGAGGCGACACAGGUCGAGACGAAGGACCAAAAUCAACCACCGCAAACAUCUCAGGGGGAGGAAAAAAAAGAAGUUCGGAUCUUGUCCAUUACCGACGACACUCAGAGCCUGAGGGCACGGUGCCAGGAACGCUUGAAGUUUGAGAUAGAGUAUGGGUUGAAGCGGGGCACGACCGACAAUGCGUACUUGAUUCGAGGUGACAACUGUGUUGCCCUCAUCAAUGUCCCGGACGAGUCCUUUUCGAAGACGUUUGUGUCUGCACUGACAGGGGUCAUUGGUCUCGACGAGAUCAGCUACCUUGUCUUGGGCCAUUUGUCCCCUAAACGUCUAGAUGCCCUCUUCUCUCUUCUGAAUGCCCGUUCAGCGAAAGACCCUUUGCAGGUUUACUGUUCCAACCCGGCAGCGAAACUGCUGCUUUCGUCGUUGCCGGAGGGGAUCACGGAUGGGCAGCAGCUCAAAGUAAACGUUGUCAAGGCUGAUGGUGUUCUUGAUCUUGGGAAGGGGCAUAAGCUUCAGCUUCUGCUGACGCCAACGCCCAGGUGGCCCGACGGUAUGUGUGUUUACGACCCCUUCAAUCAGCUCCUCUACACACAUAAACUCUUCUCUGCCCACGUCUGCACGGAAAGCGAUUUCGACGUCGGUGGUUGGGAGUUGUUCGGGUCAGAUUGGCAGUUCUUCUAUGAUUGCAUGCUUGCCCCGACUCCGACUCAGGCAGCCUCGGCACUUGAAAAACUGCCAAUUGUUGCACAAUUCGAAAAGCCAUCAUACAAAGGGAAGAGCGGCCUCACAGUCGCGAAGGCAGAUCUCAGUUUUGUCUGGUCGUCUAUCAUGCGGCUGCUCAAUUUAUCCCCUGACAAAGCGGCUGCGCUUGCUAGAAUGCAAGCAGAUGGUGACUCGAAUGGCGCUCUGGUUGUCUCCGCAAUCUGCCCCAUUCAUGGGCCAAUCGUACGGACAGCAGUGACAGAACUCGUUCGAGAGUACCGUCAGUGGACAGAAGAGAAGGUGAAACAGAACAAGGAUGUCAUGAUUGCUGUCAUCUAUGCGUCUGCCUACGGCAACACUGCGGCACUCGCACAGGCGAUAAGUCGAGGUAUAAGCAAGGCUGGCGUUGGCAUCGAGACAAUCAAUUGUGAGUUUACUGGGAGUGAGGAGGUGGUAUCCGUGGUCCGCAAGAGUGGCGGGUUUGUGAUUGGUUCCCCGACGCUUGCAGGUCAUAUGCCCACUCCUGUUCAGGAAGCUCUGGGCGGCAUUCUCAGGGACUCGAAUGCACGUUCGAAGCCAUGCGGCGUGUUCGGCAGCUUUGGCUGGAGCGGCGAAGCUGUGGAUGAGAUGGAGCAACGUCUCAAGGAUGGCGGGUUCUCGUUCGGCUUUCCGCCAAUCCGAUGCAAGUUCAAGCCAACAGAAGCAACACUCCAGCUGUGCGAGGAGAGUGGAACGGACCUUGCGCAAGUGGUAAUCAAAGCGCAAAGGAAGAAGGAUUCGACUGCCAAGCCCACAUUCUCCACAGCAUCCGAUGUUGAGCAGGCGGUGGGGAGAGUGGUUGGCUCCUUGUGUGUGCUUGCAGCGCGGAGCGGUGAUGCUGAAAGUGCUAUGCUGGCAUCUUGGGUCAGCCAAGCAAGUUUUGUUCCGCCCGGAAUAACCAUCGCCGUGGCGAAGGACAGAGCUGUAGAAGGCCUCAUCUUGCCUGGAGGGAAGUUUGCUCUGAACAUCCUUGGGCAGGGGAAAGCAGGGCCAAUUAGCAAACAAUUGCUAAAGCCAUUCAAGCCCGGCGAACCGCGAUUUGGAGACCUUCCAAUCUCCACUGCGUCCAACGGCUGCACUCUGCUAGACGAUGCUCUGGCACACCUCGAGUGCUCAGUUGUGAAUCGGAUGGAGACAGGAGACCAUUGGAUUGUGUAUGCUACUGUUGAUUCUGGGAAAUUGAUUGACGACUCUUCAUUAACUGCUGUUCAUCAUCGCAAGACAGGAUCCCGCUAUUGACCAGUCCCUCUAUGUUGCCAUCACUG